AUGGUGGCCCCGCCUGCAAAACCGACUCUACCUCGAAAACGCAACAGAAAACGAAAACGGCGCGCUGUCUCGUCCUCGUCCUCAGAUGAUUCAGAUGAUUCCGACUCGGAUGCACCAAAGCCAGCAGCCCCUGCUCCUCAACCCUCCGUCCCUGCAGCAUCUUCAUCCAGCUCUUCCGACUCUUCGUCAGACGAUGACUCGGAUGACGACCCGCGCCCUCCUCAGAUACACAAGGAAGUAGAGAUAGAUCAUCACCUUGCACAUACCCGGCCUCGCUCUCCCUCGCUCUCCCCUCCUCCCACCGCCGUUCCUGCUUUUCUUCCUUCGCAGGCUCCGGACCAACAGUCUGAACAAAUCCUCAGAAAUCGCUUCAGGAAAUUCUGGAUGUCGUCCGUGGCGGAUGCGUUCAGAAAUGACCUCGAAGAGAUUCGCAAAGAGCCGAACAUGUCCACAUCGCGUCUUGCGCUGCUCAUCGACUCUCUCGCUUCUGGAGCAGACGUCUUCACCGCUUCGACCCGAGGGCGCGGCACUGACAUCAACGAAAUGGAGGUUGUGCUCGACGAUUCUCCUUCGUCAUGA